AUGCUCUUUUCCAAUUCCACUGUCUUCAUGCCCUCUGUGUUGACACUAGUAGGGAUCCCAGGGCUGGAGUCUGUGCAGUGCUGGAUUGGGAUCCCGUUCUUUGCCAUGUACCUCAUUGCAAUGAUCGGAAACUUCUUGCUGCUGGCCGUCAUACAAUCAGAACACAGCCUCCAUGAGCCUAUGUACAUCUUCCUAGCCAUGCUCGGAACCACGGAUAUUGGACUUGCUACUAGCAUUAUGCCCAAGAUGCUUGGAGUGUUCUGGUUUCAUAUGCCAGAAAUUUAUUUUGACUCUUGCUUGCUUCAAAUGUGGUUUAUACACACUUUUCAGUGCAUUGAGUCAGGCAUCCUGCUUGCUAUGGCUUUUGAUCGUUACAUCGCCAUCUGUUACCCUCUGAGGCAUGCCACCAUCUUAACCUUCCAGCUAGUCAUCCGAAUAGGUACUGCAGUAACUCUCAGGGCUGCUGCCCUUGUAACUCCUUGCAUAAUACUGAUAAAGAGUCGGCUCAAAUUUUAUCAUACAACAAUCAUCUCGCACUCCUACUGUGAGCAUAUGGCGAUUGUGAAACUUGCUGCAGGAAGUAUUUGGAUCAACAAGAUCUCUGGUUUAUUUGUGGCCUUUACAGUUGCAGGAUUUGACAUCAUAUUCAUUUCCUUGUCCUACAUCCAGAUAUUGACCACCGUUUUACGUUUGCCUCAGAAGGAGGCUAGGUUUAAAGCAUUUGAUACUUGUAUCACUCACGUUUGUGUCUUCCUCCAGUUCUAUCUCCUAGGCUUCUUUUCCUUCUUUACACAUAGGUUUGGUUCUCAUAUCCCCCCUUAUAUUCACAUUCUCUUUUCUAGCGUUUACUUGCUGGUCCCUCCAUUUCUUAAUCCACUUGUUUAUGGUUUAAAGACAAGACAGAUACGCAGUCAUGUUGUGAAAAUAUUCAGUAAAGAGUCAAAUAAAUGCAUUGCCACAGUUAUUCAAGAAGUUCAGACACGUAAUGUCUGA